AUGUUCGAAAUGAUUCUAUGGGGGAAGGGGGAAUCUAGAAUACCAAGUUCGAUUUGUUCUGGAAUUUUUUAUCAACAUAACUUUCAUGAAAAAAUAAAUAACUACGUGCGUUGUUCACGUGAAUUGUGGCGAAUAAAUAGGAGCUGCAUUUACCAAAAAUGUAUAUUCGAAAUUAAUUCGUCUAAUAGCUUGUGACUAUAUUUUCUGUCUACUAUAUUUUCUGUCUACUAUAUCUUCUGCCUUCUAGAUCAUCAUAUACUGAAAAAAUGCCUGAAUGUGAAGUACAGUUGAGGAAUGGGGAAGAAAAGCCUGAAGAAGAACUAAAGAAAGAGUCAUGUGUGAUGCUACUGUUUGUUAGAGGUCGACCAUUUCCUGGCAGUCGAUGGUUUUAUAAAGAAAUCAUAGAAGAAGCUCUAGACUUCAAGCCACGUGAUACAGACAUUAUAAUCAGCACUUUUCCAAAAUGUGGCACUAACUGGAUGAAGUACAUAGUCCACACCAUAAUCACAAGAGGUCAGAAGCCAUUAGAAUCAUCUCACCAACUGACCUACGAAGCAGUGCCCUUUGUCGAUAUUAGUGGUGUAGCAGCAAUAGAGGCACUACCAGAUCCUCGACCUAUUCAUUACCAUUUGCCCUACGACUUGAUCCCAAAGAAUCCAAAUACCAAGUACAUAUAUAUUUUCAGAAAUCCAAAAGACACCGUGGUUUCCUUCUAUCAUUUCACAAUGCAAACAGACGAGCUCCAUGUUACCUUCGAUGAAUAUUUUGAAUCAUUCAUCAGAGGUCUGGUGGCCUAUGGAGAUUACUUCGACCACGUACUGUCUUGGUACGAACGCCGUCACGAUCCGAAUGUCCUAUUUCUGUCCUAUGAACAGCUCCAGGCAGACACCAGAGGUCAAAUCUUACGUAUAGCUAAAUUCAUUGGGGAAGAGUACCACAGGGAGCUGGUGGAAGAUAAAGCUUUAAUCGAAAAAGUUCUAUACCUGAUAAGCUUCGAGAACAUGAAGAAGUCGUUGAUGAAGGAAGCUCCCAACAAAAAAGAGUACGAACUAGAAUCCAAAGAAAUUGAGAGUCCCUUUAACGUACCAGGACCAAGAUAUGAAGUGAAAUACUUGAAAUAUUUCCGAAAAGGAAUCGUAGGAGAUUGGAAGAACCAUAUGAACCCAGAUCAGAGUCGACGAAUGGAUCAGCGAAUUCUGGAGAAAUUCGGAGGCACUGAAAUCAUUAACAUGUUCAAUGCCAAGAAAACGUGGUUGUGAAUAAGCAAAUGGAAAAGUAUUUAUAAGAAUUCACCGAGUGUCUUAGCAAAGGAGGUCGUCAUAGUCAUUUGAAAUAUUUUAGAAGCCUAAAAAGGGAAGUUAGACGCUGAAUAUUUAAGUGACUUUUAGAACUGCUUAAAGAGAAAAGUUUGAAAUAGUUCUUUAGAAUAUUGCAAUGCAAUUAUAUUGUUGUUAGUUAAGAAUGCAAGUUCAAGAGUUUCAAUUAGUUUACUAAGUAAACUUGAUAGAGAUUUACAUGCUACUAAUCGGCAUGAAAUUCAAUUAUAGUAAUUGGAUUUAAAUAAUGUUAGAUAAUUUUACGAAGGUACAAGCUUUGUGCUACUUUGAUUGUAAAUAGUUAUCUUUUUGCAUUUUAAAUAUUUUUGAAACAAAAAUGAAAGUUUUCUUAUUGUUGAAAACAUUUAUGUAACUUCGUGAUAAAUUAAAUAAAUGUAACAGAAAUACA